AUGAGAGAAUGGAAGGAGAUGGUCACAUUCAAAGAUGUGGCCAUUUACUUCACUCAAAAGGAGUGGGAGUGCUUGCACUCUGCUCAAAAGGAUUUGUACCGAGAUGUGAUGUUGGAGAAUUAUAAUACUCUGAUCUCACUGGGAUUUUGUGAUUCUAAGCCAGAUGUGAUCUCCUUAUUGGAGCAGGGGAAGGAACCUUGGAUGGUUAACAGCAAGGAGACAAAAGAAUGGUGCCCAGAUUGGGAGUCUAGAAGAGAAAUCAAGAUGCUAAAGGAGGACAGUUAUGAAGUUCAAUCAUUGCAACCAGAGAUAACAAAAAGACUUACAAACUCUACCCUUGAGUACACUAGGGUCAGAAGUAACAGGGAAAUCAGAUGCCACUUGGAGAGGCUACAGGAAGGACGUUUCAGACAAGCCACAAUAACCUCUGAAGAAAGAUCCACUUCCAUUCAGCGCACAGAUCAUAGAACACCUCAGACAACUCAUACUGGAGCAAAAUCCUGUGAAUCCAAGGAAUGUAAGACUUUCAGGUACCAAUCACACCAUAGUCAACAUGAAAGAAGUCAUAAUAAGGAAAAAGACUCUAAAUGUGGAGAAUGUGGGAAAGCCUUUAAUAGUAGGUCAGACUUGAUUAAGCAUCAGAGAAUUCAUACUGCCGAGAAACCUCAUAAAUGUAAGGAAUGUGGGAAAGCCUUUCAUUCUAACUCGCAACUUAGUAAACAUCAAAGGAUUCAUAUAGAUGAGAAACCCUAUAAGUGUACAGAGUGUGGAAAGCCAUUUCCAUCUACCUCACAACUUAAUUUACAUCAGAGAAUUCAUACUGAUGAGAAAUACUAUGAAUGUAAGGAGUGUGGGAAAGCCUUUACCCGUCCCUCACACCUUAUUCGACAUCAGAGAAUCCAUACUGGUGAGAAACCCUAUAAGUGUAAGGAAUGUGGGAAAGCUUUUCGUUAUGACACACAACUUAGUCUUCAUCAGAUAAUUCAUACUGGUGAAAGACGCUAUGAAUGUAAGGAAUGUGGGAAGGUCUAUAGUUGUGCCUCACAACUGAAUCUACAUCAAAGAAUUCAUACUGGUGAGAAACCUCAUAAAUGUAAGGAAUGUGGGAAAGCUUUUAUCUCUGAUUCACAUCUUGUCCGACAUCAGAGUGUUCAUACUGGUGAGAAACCAUAUAAAUGUAAGCAAUGUGGGAAGUCUUUUCGUCGUGGCUCAGAACUUACCAGACAUCAGAGAGCUCACACAGGUGAGAAACCUUAUAAAUGUCGGGAAUGUGAAAUGGCCUUUACUUGUAGCACAGAACUUAUCCGACAUCAAAAAGUUCACACUGGUGAGAGACCCCAUAAAUGUAAGGAAUGUGGGAAGGCUUUUAUUCGAAGGUCAGAACUUACUCAUCACAAGAGGAGUCAUAGUGGUGAAAAACCCUAUGAGUGUAAGGAAUGUGGGAAGGCCUUUGGUCGUGGCUCAGAACUUAGUCGACACCAGAAGAUUCAUACUGGUGAGAAACCCUAUGAAUGUAAGGAAUGUGGGAAAGCCUUUAUUCGUGGCUCACACCUUAGUCAACAUCAAAGAAUUCAUACAGGACAGAGGAGUGAAUGA